AAGCAGUUGUCACCCCUCAGCCACUGUGGUGGGGGGAUUGCCAGCAGCAGCUCAUGGGACUGCAGAAGGUUUUGCCAAGUGUAUGGGCAAUAUGCUACGUUGUUGUGGGCAGUGAGAGGUGUCCUCCCACCCUCACACAGUGGGAUGUUGCCUGGGACCUGUGAGGCUGAGAUGUCCUUUGUGGCCCUGCCUGCGGGUCAGUGGCUGCCGGUUUCUCCCUGCACUCGCUCCUCCCUCCCCGCAGCUGCUGGGCUGGCAAACAUUACUGGCCUCAGCGCCCUGCCUCUUUACUUCUCCUUCCCGCAAUUACCGAGGGAGGCCCCGAAUCUCCCUGUCCUCUGCUGUCACUCUCCUGGAGUCACCGUCUUGGCGUCACUGUCCCAGCACAGAGCAGCAGGUCUUAUGAUGGCUGAUUCCGACACCUACCUGCGGCAGCCCUGGCUCACAGUGCACGGCAUCCCCAUGGUCCAUGCUUUCGUCCAUAACUGGGAACGGAUUGACACGUUCCAGAGCCGCCCCGAAGACAUCGUGGUGGUCACCUACCCCAAAUCUGGCACCACCUGGGUCAGUGAGAUCAUGGACAUGGUCCUGAAAGGCGGUGACCCGGAGAAGUGCAAGCAGGAUGACAUUGUGAACCGGGUGCCCAUGAUGGAGUUUGCUGCCCCUGGGAAGUUACCAGCAGGCACAGAGCAGCUGGAGGCCAUGCCAUCCCCUCGCAUCAUCAAGACCCACAUCCCAGCUCACAUCUUGCCCAAAUCCUUCUGGGAUAACCGCUGCAAGAUGAUCUACGUGGGACGCAAUGCCAAGGACGUGGCUGUCUCCUACUACCACUUUGAUUUGAUGAACAAGUUGCUGCCGCACCCUGGGACGUGGGCCCAGUACCUGGAGGAGUUCAUGGCCGGCAGAGUGGCGUAUGGUUCCUGGUACGACCACGUCAAGGGCUACUGGGAGCGCAGGAAGGAUCACCCCAUUCUCUACCUCUUCUACGAGGACUUGAAGGAGGACCUCCGCCGGGAGGUUGCCAAGGUGGCCCAGUUCCUGGGGCAGAAGCUGUCGGAUGCAGCGCUGGACACCAUCACCCGACACACGUCCUUCGAGGCCAUGCGGGACAACCCUGCCACCAACUACACCAAGAUGCCCUCUGAGCUCAUGGACCAGAGCGUUUCACCCUUCAUGCACAAAGGCACCACUGGGGACUGGAAGAACCACUUCACCGUGGCCCAGAACGAGCGCUUUGACCAGGACUAUGCACAGAAGAUGUCAGGCACCGACCUGCGCUUCCGCACUCAGAUCUGAGGGGACACCGCCGGACACCCCCAGAUCCGCCCUGUGCUGUGGCGGCGCUGCUGCCAUUCCUUCCUCUCCCCUGGAAGAGAAAUAAAAUUUCUCUCCCUGCUGCAGAGAAAUAAAAUGUGCUUCCUGACCCUGCCA